AUGCUGACAAUGACAGAUUACCAUAGGCGGCGCUGCCUGGAAGCGCUGGAAAAGAUCGAAGGAUAUAAAAUUUCAUCGUUCUUUUCUCGUCCCGUCGAUCCAGUUAGAGAUAACUGCUCAAAUUAUUUUCAAAUUAUCGAUCAUCCGAUGGAUUUAAGUACAGUUCGCAAGAAAUUACUUAACGAUGAGUAUAGCACACCAGAAGACUUCAAGCGAGACGUAAAUUUAAUUUGGGAAAAUUUAUUUAAAUAUAACGGAAAAGAUCAAUUAAUCUCGAAUCUGGCUAAACAACUCAAAAAAGUAUUCGCUGAAUGCACGCAAUACCUUACAGGCAAUGAAAUUAUAGAUUGGUGCAUGGAAACCGACGCAAUCAAACAAUCAAUCGGAGUUUUCGAAGUUAUUCAACCACAAGAGCCUAAAUCAUAUUCCCUCAGACAAAGAAAAUCAGAUUCCGUAUAUACGGAGGAAACAAUCCUUCCUCCUCCUAAACAAUCUCGUUCAAGAUCGAAACCACCAAUUGAGCGUCAAAAUUCACAGCCACCAGCGAGACAUACUCAUGUUGAGCCUGCUCCAGAAGAGGCUGCUGAAGAAGCUGUUGAACCUCCACCACCUCCAAGCUUACCUCCAAGAGCUGCUUCUGAAUCUAUUCAUAUGUCACAAUUUACUGAUGAAGAGAAGAAGAAGAUUGCAGAUGAAGUGUCAAAUAUUCAAAGCGAUGAGGUUAUUGAUAAAAUUUUCGCUUUAAUUAAAGAAAUCCAGCCUGAAGUCGUUCAAAACGAGUCGAUUGAUACAGAUAUUACAAAUCUCCGUGAGGAAACAUUAUUCGGAAUCAAGAAGAUUCUUGAAGAAAAUUCAGAAAUUUAA